GAUUUACGCUAGAAAAUAUUCUUUUACAAUAGCACAGUCAUGUAUUUAAAACAAUUUAAUACAAUUUUCAAUGACGAGUAUCUUUAAUUUCAGAUUUUUUUAGCAUAAAGAAUCGCGAUUUACUUGAUUCUUGAAAAUACCUCAAUGCAAGCCAGGUACGAUAGAGCAGAGUACGAACCAAACGUAAACAAAGAUGUCAGAUUACGAUAAUGUCUGUAGAGGUUCUUUAAAACUAAAAGGAGUCUCGGAUCACAAGAUAAAGAAGAAGAAGAAGAAGAGGGAUAAAAUUGACAAAGAGGUUGCUCAGUACCUGGAGAACAUUGAGGCUGAAGCCAGUGGAUCAGGGGAGCAGAAGAAACGGGAAGACCGCAGGACCAAGGCCGAAAUCGCCUUUGAGAAACGCAAGGAAAAGAAGAUGGCAGAGCAAAUAAUAGAAAAAGCUACAAAGAGUCAUAAAGAAAGAAUCAUGGAGUUUAACCAUCACCUAGACAGCCUCACAGAACACUUUGACAUCCCAAAGGUCAGCUGGACAAAGUAGAAAUACGGUCUGAACUCUGGAAGCUGGCUGACAUUAUGUGCUCCUGAACACUUGUUGGGAUACUUUGUAGGGAGGGGAUAGAAAUGAGAGCAAUAUCGACUUAUAUAACACAUGAUUUAUGCCUAUGUUGUAAUAUAUUUCAGAUAAGUAAUGUCCCCUUUCCAGUUUCAUCAUAUUCAUCAUUAAAACUUUGAAAUUAUCUGAGUGGCAUAUAUACACAAAUAUAUUCACCUGUCAUGACAUACUCUGUAAGGUAUGGUAAAACCGGGCUAGCUUUAACCUGUAUAUUUAUUGUGUUUUAUUGUCAUUCUUUUAGAUGUAAAAAUGUGCAUUUGUAAUUGGCAAAAUAUCUGGAAUUACAAACGAACCAAAUUGAAUGUACAAGUCAUUAUGAUCAAGAUGUAAACUUAUUUGUAAUUUAUCUUAUUCUGAUUCACAUUUCAUUUACAUCAUUUGGUCAAGAAACUCACAUUUUUUAUAACCCCCUGGGGCCAAUUAUAUUAAACUGGAUACUUAUUGUCUUUGUUUGCUCAUCCAAGCAAUUUAAUUGGUCAAUAAUAACCAACCAAUAAACAUUUCAACUAACUUUAACCGAACCACAGAAUUAACUACCGUAGUUGUAUAGAAUUGGCUUCAGGUUAGGUUUUGUUUAUUUUCAAAACCUGUAUUGAUGUGAACUUUGUCAAUAAAUUUACUAUAAAACUGUU